AUGGCUAUGCCAAGUAAUAAGUCACUAGGACCAGAUAAAAUAGGCAUGCGUGUCAUCAAAGACUGUCUUCCAAUCAUACUGGGUCCUCUUACGCAUAUGAUAAAUUGCUCGCUAAUGACAAGCACAUUCCAUGACCUAUGGAAGAUUUCUGAAGUUAUACCCCUACUAAAAGAAGGAGAUCACGAGAUAGCUUCAAACAAUCGGCCUCUCUCACUACUCGAGGUAGUUUCAGAAGUUUGUGAAAAAGUUGUUCUAAAUCAAUUUAGCUCCUACCUCAAAGAAUUUAAUCGCAUAUCGUCACAUCAAAGCGGGAAUAGGAGUCUUCACUCCACCGAAACCUCAAACAUAUUUGUUACCGAUACGAUGUUGGAAGCCAUAGACAACAAAAAUCUAACGGCACUAAUUUUAUUGGAUUUAUCCAAGACAUUUGACAGUGUCAGUCAUUCGAUUUUAUCACACAAAUUGAGUUGUAUCGGUGCUUCACCCGAAGCUGUUAAAUGUUUCCAAGACUAUUUAACAGGCAGAUCCCAAUACGUGCGCAUUGGAUCCACCAAGUCAUCAACUCGCCCGAUAACCCAUGGCGUUCCACAAGGUGCAAUACUAUUACCACUUCUGUUUUGCAUCUAUAUUAAUGAUCUGCCAGGGAGCAUACAAUCGUGUAACCUUGAUUCAUAUGUAGACGACUCAAAGCUUUACAAAUCAUUCUGCAUCUACGACUUGGAACAGACAACUAUCAAUUUAGAGGCAGAUCUACAAAUAGCAGCCAAGUGGUGUUUGGAGCACCAAUUACUGAUCAAUCCAGAAAAAACUAAAUUCCUUUUAGUCGGUUCAAGACCCAUGCUGCAGAAUGUACCUACAGAAAUAUCGCUAACAUUUUUAGGAAAGACUAUAAGACCUGUUUUAUUAGCUAAAGAUUUGGGAAUCAAUUUGGAUUCGUACCUAUCCUACGACGUCCACAUAUCUAAACUCGUUUCGUCGUGUAUGAGAAAACUAUGUCAAAUAAAUCGCGUGAAGGAUAGUUUCGAUAAUGAAACAUUAAAAUUGGUCAUUGAGACACUUGUAAUUAACAAGCUUCUGUACUGCUCUACGGUGUGGUCCAACACGUCAUCUAACAAUAUCAAUAAACUUCAAUCAGUGCAGAACUUCGCGUGCAGAGUUAUAUCAGGGGUAGGAAAGUUCGAUCACAUAACCCCGGCGUUGCGCGAACUAAAUUGGUUGCCAGUGGAAAAGUUAUUAUUGGAAAGGGAUACUGUAAUGGCUUACAAGUGUUUUAAUGGACUUGCACCUGACUACCUAGUAGAUAAAUUUAUAAAGCGUUCCGACAUACAUGAUCGUUCGACAAGAAAUCAUGACCUCUUGGACAUCCCUCUGUAUAAAUCUGCUACAGGUCAAAGAACAUUUAAUUACCGGGGUGUUAAAAUAUGGAAUGAUUUGGAUGAUAAACUAAAAAAUAUUACAUCAAUAACAAUUUUUAAGAAAAAACUUAGGGAGAUUUUACUAAAAGAAUCCUAUUAA